UCUAUUCUUUAACAUCAUUGCAGCAGUGAGCAACACAAUUCAAAGAAAAUGAAACAAGUUUUUGUGGUGUUGAUUUGUCUCGGCGUUGUCAACUUCAAUGUGGCCGGAGCUCCUACUCGCGUACUGACCAGCUGCUGUAUGAGGUAUUCGACACGAAUCCCUGUCUUCAAAAAUAUCCAAAGAUAUGAAAUGCAAGCAAUUAAUGGCCAAUGCAGGAUUGAGGCUGUGAUAUUCUUUGUUAGGGGCAAACGCGUCUGCUCAGAUCCAAAAAAUGAAAAGGUGAUUGAAAAUUUGAGAAAGCUCAUCGAAAAAGAACAGAGGAUGAAGAUGAUGCUUAUUUUAUGGAAGUAAAGAGGAUAUCUUUACCAACUAUGGAGCGGAGGAAGUUUUCAAGAAAAUCUUUUCUACUUAAUAUUCUGCUUUGUCAUAUUUUACACAUUACCUUGAAAAAAUCAAACAUGGAACCAAGGUCUCCAUACAUGCCUUAAAUUAUGAACAAGCCUUAUUCAAAUCUGAUCUUCUCCUUGUUGUUUGAGCUCUACCACACACUGCUUCUUCACCGCCACCUUUGUAAGGGCGGUACAGUCACACAGUGGCACAGCAGUAGAGCUGCUGUUUUGCAGCACCAGAUACCCGGGUUCGAUCCUGACUAUGGGUGCUGUCUGUGCAGAGUUUGUAUGUUCUCCCUGUGACCACGUGGACUUUCUCCAGGUGCUCCGGUUUCCUCCCACACUCCAAAGACGUACAGUUUGGAGGUUAAUUGGCUUCAGUAAAAUGAUCAAUUGUCCUUUGAUAGCGUGAAGGAUAGCGCUAGUGUAUGAGGUGAUCGCUAGUCAGCGCAGACUCAGUAGGCUGAAG